CAGCAAGCGGCGUUUCAUGCCGAAGGUGACUGGCAGGCUCCAGAGAGAAACCGCACGCGAUACUCCCGUACAACCCACGCGAACCGAUCGGUCAUUCUCGAACCGUUCGCGUGCCACAACCAAGUCUUCACCUGCCUUCGAGCAGAGCAGAGCAGAGCUUUUUGCGCGCUGCUAUCAUAUUAGGGUUCGUAUCGCCUUCCCCCAGUUGCCUAACGCACAACCAGCUUCCCUUUCGUCCACCCAGCCCAGCCGUGCCCUGAGAACCCAGUUUGACAUCCACCUCAUUCUCCAUUUUGCGCCAGACACAACAGUUACAUAACAGAGUGAUAGAGUCAUGCGGAUCAUUGCUCCUCCGCCCCCGUCCUACGGCCUCCGGUUCAGCGAAUCCGAUGUCCCUGAGCGCUUUGAUCCGUCGUUCCAGUUGCCUCCUAGCGCCAACCGCAACAGCUUGGCGGCUCUGGAGAAGCCCACGGGCUUCAAUGACCCAUUUGCGCUGCGUGACAGCUACACCAGCGAGGCUAGUGGCUUCGAUGUGCUCAACUUCUGGAACGUUGAAACAGACCAUGACGCGUCCGCUAGUCAACUGCUGACCCCAACGGGCUUCCAGGACCCGUACCAGGGAGUGACGAUCGAGGUGAACAACCACUCCAUCAAUAACCAGGGCGUGGUCAUGUACCACGUGGAUAUCAAGGGCCCGGACGGCAUCUUGUCCGCGUACACCAUCCGUCGUCGCUUCCGAGCCUUCAAGAACUUACACACUGAGCUCAGUCGUCUCCUACUCGAAUACCAGGACUCCAGGGCUCAAUUGGACGCUGCAGUGGCAGCCAGAGCGCCGUCUCCUCUGGACGGACCGGAGAACCACAUCCCGUUGAGUCCACACAGUGCUGCGGCAUUGGAGAAGGGCCCUCCAGUGUCCAAUACCAACUACAGGACAGUCACAUUGCCUUCGCUGCCUAGUGCAGGGGUCUGGAGUUACCUCAAGCGCCACGACGUGCGGCUUGUAGAGCAACGCAAGAAACGUUUCCAGGAGAUUCUUCGACUGGCCAUUCGCCACCCGGCGACCAAGCACAGCCCCGUGUUGGACGAGUUCUUGAGUGUGGCUCCCAGUGAGAUCUCACAACGAGGCUCGUCCUACGUCUCGCUGCAGGACUACAGUGUGCCAGUAUUUGACCGACAACGUGAGUCCAUUGAGCGACGGCAGAGAAAGAUGAGGGUGCUAGAAGAUCGACGACUUCGUGCAGGAUCUGACAGCCAGUUCGGAGAGAGACCACACCAGUAGGAAGAGGGUGUAUAACGCUAAGCUGUAUCGAUAGUAAUGAACGUUUUCGUGACGGGAGAAUCGCAAAUUGCAAC